UGAAAGCGCCUCAGGAUGCUGCAGCUGCUCACGUUCCUGGUGGAGAAACUCUCCCUCCUCUCCAACUUCAAACUUUUUGAUUCCAGCUGGUUGGACGGAGAGGGGCAGGGGGCGCAGGGGGCGCAGCAGCGGCCCGCACAGCGCGCUGCACCGCAGAGAGGAGACCUGCUCGAAGUCGCAAGAACCCUUUUUACGCACUACGGUAUUUACCUGGGUGACAACAAAGUGGCUCAUCUGAUACCCGACAUCCUCCCCGUGCUCACAGGCGACAAGAAACUCAUCUCCUCCGUCAUAACGAACCAGAGGCUGGUCCUGGGCUGCGUGUACAGGUGCGCCACGGUGCGCGUGGACACGCUGGACGAUUUUGCGUACGGCUGCAACGUCCUGGUGAACAGCACGGAUCAGACGAUGAAAGCGCGGGCGCUGCCCAACGAAGACGUCGCCAAGAGAGCGGAGAAGCUGAUCGGAGCGGUCCCGUACAGUCUGCUGUGGAAUAACUGCGAACACUUCGUGACUCACUGCAGAUAUGGACACGCAGCCAGCCGCCAAACUGAGAAGUUCUGCGAGUGUCUGAAAUCGAUCAUCAGAGACCAGCGGAGCGUCAUUGUGACAGGACUGCUGGGAAUCAUCUCCAUUAUCUCUUUCGGUAUGGCUGCUUCAACUACAUUGCCCACAAUUCUCAUCCCCUUCACUCUGUGGAUGGCCGGUUAGAGACGUCUCAGCAAAAGAACAGAACUUUUAUCCAUCAAGCAGGACUGGACAACCUUGCACUUGUUUCAUGUGGUGCCUUUAAAAGUCUCUUUAAUGACAUGAUUUGCAUAGAAAUGUGUAGACUAUGGUGAAUGUUUUGUGGCUUUUAUUUGACUUAUAGAAAUGUGAAAUGCAUUCAAUCUCUGAGUCACUGUGAGUAUCUUAAUGUAUAAAGCAGGUCUUUUUUUGUAGUUUACUUAAUAUACUGGAAUGCUGUAAAUAUGAAAAACUGUAUAAUAAACAUCUUAUUUUUA